UGAUCGCGAGCUUAAACUCACCAACACCGGUGCACGUGCUUUUCUCAGUACAAGAAGAAGCUAUGCGCAAAGCACUUGGAUUCGUGUGCGUUCGAAAUGACGAAUGCGAAUAGGUAAUAAAAACAAUCGCAGUUUUUUUUAUUUUAUUUUAUAAUUAGUGAUUACGGCUUCGGCUGUAUUGUCAGCCUCUGAAGCUGAAGCUGAUUAUUGUAAUAAUCACAAGGCAUUUCCUCCUUGUACCGGCCAUUGCCGGUUAUUCUGAGUUUUUGUUGAUUUCAUUUUCGUGUGUAAUUAUUGUGUUUCGCAAGUCAAAUGUUAUGCAAAGGAUUUCUUAACCAGAACCUUUUCCAGAGUUUGUAUAUUACGCAAGAGUAAAAUUGAUAGAAAAAUAUGUAAUUCUUGAAAGGAAAAAUCCUUUUAGAAAAGUUUAAUAAACUACGCUGUUGCUACAUAAACAAAUACAUACGUAUAUAUCCUUCUUCAUAUCCUUAUUUAUACUUUUUACAUUGUAUGAAAAAAAAAAUAAAAAAUAAAUUAUUAAAUAAAAUCAAUUUCAUAGAAUUUCCACACUGUUCGCCAUGCCCAGUUCAAAACAAACCAAAAUGCAACAUAUCGAUUAUCUGUCAAACUGUUGUUUAUGUCAACCAGCGGUAUUGUUUUGAAACGCAUUUCUGGAGGAACGCUUCCAUACGGUCGACACAGCGUUUGUUGUCGAGAAACGGCCCUUUUUGUUUGUCCCUAAAUCAUCGUAAUUUAAGCUUGUGCAUUGCUUAAUGAAGAUUAAGCAUUACCAAAGGCACAGUCGCAAAAAGAAGCGUUAGUUAAUAAAAUAAAGUGAAUAAUUACCAAAGACGGUCGAUUUUAGUAACAACAAAAAUGUCGACGCCACCGAUCGAUGUUGGCGAUGCUGGUAUUGCGGAUGAGGAUAUGUUUGCAACGGGCAAUGCUUCGCAAGUUAGCAUUAUCAAUAGUGAGGUACUGGAGACACAUAUUUUGCAGUUCGUCGAUGAAGUAAACGAUGACAAUUUCAUGAUGCCUGCCUUAUCACAGCGAUCAACACCCGAUAUGAAGUUUUCCUUGUCGAGCUCGCUGAAUCCGGCCGGCAAAUAUCCUUCGUCGGAAGAUUUCUGUCACGAUGACGUAGUGUGUACAGUGCUUCCAUCUAGCACACAAGGCAGCGGCUUCAUUUACUCCCAGAAGCUUAAGAAGCUGUUUCUCAAAACGGAAAGCACCUGCUCGUUUGACGUUAAGUGUGAGCUAUCCGGGUUGUUUUCGACGCAGGGAUGGUUCGUUCGGGUGAUGCUGGUAUCGCUUGCUCCGGAAUCACAGCACGAAUCCAUCAUGCGCUGCCAUAACCAUCUCGCCAAAGAUAAGGCACCGGAACACAUCAAGGAGCACGUGGUGCGGUGUAAAAACGUGCGGCACGAGUAUGUAGGAACUGGGAACGGGACGUUCUUCGAGGAUCGCUGCGCGGUCCUGGUGCCACUUGAUCCAGAAGAUCUGAGCGUCAAAAUAAUGCUACAAUUCAUGUGCCAAAACACGUGCUUCCAUCCUAACCAACGGCGUACAGGGUUGGUAUUUACGCUGGAAAACGAUCAAGGACACAUAUGGGCGAGGCGUAUGGUGCAGAUCAAAAUCUGCAUCAAUUAUCGACGUGAUAUGCAGAACGAAGAGAACCCUCCUGUUGCUAGAAGAACUGCUAAAAAUCAUUCCACAAAACUAACGUCCGUUGCAGGAUUAAGUGGUAAUGGUUCCAAGCGGCGGUACACAAGUAAAAAUAAUCGAUACCGACGCCAGGUGAGCACCGGACAUGCUCACGAGGUCAUGCAAUCAGAUUUAUCCCAUUCACCACCACCGAACCUGGAACCGUGCCUGGUGGAUAUCGAAAUGCCCAACUUGCGCAUGGCCAAACGGUUGAUGGACAUCGCGAUCGGCAUGAUAUCAACGCAAGUCCUACGUGCAAACGAUCCGCAAACGAAGGCUCAACUGAUGCAGCAUAUCGCUAACAUUCGCCACAAACGUGACAUGCUGGUAGUGAAUAAUAGCCAAUGUAGCGUUGAUAGUGACCUGCUCUAGCUUUAAUUUAUUGUAUGCAAAAAUAAGCUAUUUUUGAACUAUUUUUACACAUCACUGUACAUAUUUAUAGAAACAGUUUACGCUUCUAUCGACUUAACGAUCAAUUAUUAGAAGCAAUAUGUAUUAUUUACAUAUAAGAAAGCGAAUAAAAAUGUUUUUAACUUUGUUAUGUAAGUUGCCCAAAUUAUAUCCAGAAA